UUUUUGCACCUUUUCCAUGCCUAUCUUCCUUUCACGCGCGUUCUCCCAGGUUUCUGUUCCCCUUUUUCCGGCCUCUUUCAUGAUAGAUCUAGUGGACUCUAUAUUAAGCAUGAUUGCUGUCGCAGCCAUUAGAUCUGCUGCAAAACCCAUGCUAUUUCAUAACGAGUAUUUUUCGUGUUUUAAACUUAAUUGUUUCUCGAGUCCUGACGCAAACUGAACUCGCUGUCCUGUCUAGUCCUAUAUUUAGCAAUUCUCAUGUCAGCUUAUCUGCUAGCAUCUUUACACAUGAAUCCAGAAGAAAUAUGUAUGAAUAAUCAUAUCUACCGAUCUUUUGAGGUAGUUAUGUUUUUAUUGAUACGAAUUUUACACCAGUGAAUUAUUUGAUGCAAUAUUUGUCUUAGACAUACCUGUAGUGAGCAAUUAAGGUUUCCAGUUCUUAUUUGAGCUAGUCUAUUGACAGUAUGUAUUGUAGAAUGACCUGAUUUCCAGUUGACUAGAUCUCUGACAUGUGUUUUGGUGUGUUGAAAGCAUGAUCUUCUCUGAAGUUUAUUUUUCAACCUACAACGAUACCUAAAAUGAAUUUCCAUGUUUCACAGUAGUUGAUUCUUGAUGGAAACUAAGCUUACUGCUAUGCUGCCUAUGCUUAGUCCUAUGUAGUUACAUAUGCAAGGCGUGGUUGUUACUUGUAUAUUUACGCCACAGUUAGAAUUGUUUAAGGGUAGUAUGGAACAUUUUGAUCAGCAUCUCAUUAGUUAGAAAUGCCAAUGCUUACCGUGAGCACACAAUUUUUCAAGAAGGAAGUGAAUUGGCCCGAUAAGAGAAUUGUUGUUGCCAAAUAUGAAUACAUUUCAUGUUAGGUAUUCUUGCCCUGACCUGCAUAGUUCAGAUUCCUAUACUUGUGGUAUUAAGUACGAACUGAUUCCUACUUAUUUACCUCUCUGGCAUGUGUAUUCUGCUGUAUUGAAAGCAUGGUGCAAAAUUUAGCAGUUAACUUUCCUGCUAAGUAUUGGGGCUACUGAUAGACGUUGAUUUUGAAGUCAGCUUUGGCAUCUAGGAGAUAAUAUUUUAAUCUCCCAAUAAAAUUUUUGUGUGGGCUGCUGACCUGAUUUAAUUUCUAGAACUUUUUGAAGCCGUAUGCAACAACCUUGAUCAGCCUUGUGCCUUACUGUAUUCCACUACUUAUUGCCAGUACCCAGUUUUUCAGAAGGGAAGUGAAAUUAUCCGUUUGCAACCUUUGAUGUUUGUGUUAGGUAUUCCUGACCUGGACAAUUCAUAUUCUAUUUCUCAGUUAAGAUCAUUUAUCAGCAGUGUUCCUUGUGCUACAAACUGAUUCCAAGUUACAGUGAGCAUACAAUUUUUCAAGAAGGAAGUGAAUUGGCCCGAUAAGAGAAUUGUUGUUGCCAAAUACGAACACUUUUCAUGUUAGGUAAAGAAGAGUACAAGGGAUGACCCAGAGAUGGAUGCCUCUCCCAAGAAUGACCCAGAGGAGCAGCCAACUCAGGCAACAAACAAGAUACUGAAGCGCACCUCAUCAUUCGCUCAAGGCACCAUAGCCACUGCAACCGGCUUCCUCACCGCAGGAUUCUCGGUGCGCAAGGAUGUUCUCCUGCACCGGCACGUCCUGGUUGCCGGCGGUUGCUUCCUGGUCAUCGCCUACCUCUCUGCGCUCCUGCUGGUCUACUUGAAGCUGUUCUUGUCAGGGUACAGGCAGCUGCACAGGGGGCACGUCCGGUUCAUCCAGUUCCUCUGCGUGAUCAGCGGCGCGGCGCUGGUCGCGACGAACUCCCUGCUACUGCUCCUCAUAAGCGAAGGCAACGCCCUGCUGUCUCUCAACCUGCUGCCCGUGCAGGGCCUCGUCGGCGUCCUCGCGUACCACGCGACGCCGACGGAGGACAGCAUGCGCGACGAGGCAUUCGAGGCCGGGAUCAAGACCGGCCGCAAGGUCGCCCUCUUCGCCACGGCGACGGCCUUCGCCGUGCAGACCACGCUCCUGUUCGGCUACCUCAACAACUCCCGCUUCCGGGCGAUGAGCUUCCGGUUCGACCUCUCCGUGUCCUUUCUGGCGUCGGCGCUCAGCGUGCUCCUCGUCGUGGCCACCUGCAUGCCGCUCGGGUACAGGAGCGAGGCCGCGAGGGACAAGGUUCUGUCCCUGGUGAGGUACCUCAAGGACGCCGUCAUCGCCUUGCUUGCGGUCACCGCGGUGACUAUCGCCAAGGAGUUCCUCGGCGGCGACACCGUGCUCGCGCUCUUCCCGGAGAUCGCCGUGGCCGCCAUGUACUACGCCGUGAGCCUGCUCACCGACGAGACCGCAGGGCAGGGCCAGCGCGACGCCGCCGCGGAGCACAAGUUGGAGAUACAGCCGACCGCCGUGGUGGCGACGUUCGGCUUCGGCAUGCUGGGCGCGGCGUACGCGGCGCUGCUCGGGACGCCGGAGUACGACGUGUACACCAAGGCGCUGGUGUUCACCUUGCUCGCCGCCGUCGUGUCCAGCCUGGGGCGGGUGGCGGGGCCGCUCUGCAGGCGCCGGCGCGACAAGGACGCGGCGGCGUGCGUGGUGUUCCUGGGCAACGUCCUCCCCAUCGUCGAGAUGCUGGUGGCCGUCCCGCUCGCCGCCAAGGUCGUCAUCAACGUCCUCGCCGCGUCCUAACUCUGUACUACGAUGCAUGUUGACGUUGCACAUACAAAUUGUUGUUGUUGUUGGUAUCAGGAUUUACAGACUUGAUACUGGAGAUGUCUUGCGUUCAGAGCAGUAGGCUCGACUCCUGUAAUAUUGUAGCAUAAAUAAUUUUUUCCCCUCACGCGAGAUGUCCUGGAACUUACUAUCUACAUUGUGUUUAAUUUAUGAGAUACUGCUGAUUUAUAGAUGCAAACAGAGCUAGUAACCCUUGAUUUCA